AUGGAUGUACAAACUUGGAGACACGAGUUCACGAAUCAAGGUCGAAACGGGAAAGUAGCACCAGUCACUGAGAUGGUCAAGUGUGAGGAUUUACUGGCUUGUAUUAUUGAACAUGGUACCAAAAAAGCUCUUCCCCCAGCUAUGCCAUCCUCUGAGCGCAAUAAAUUUGCGGCGUCUCCCAAGACGAUUUUCAAAGGUAAAAAACGUGCUGGGUCGCCAAUAGCUUCGACCAACACUGUCCCUUCACUACAUCAACAGCCACCACCAAAGAGGGCCAAAAGUACAUCAGAGCAGAUAUCAGAACCUAGGUCAGUUGCCAACGCUUCUACAGAAUCUGCAUCCGCACACUCUGAAUUUUCACAUCAAGCUCGAAAUAUCUCUUCGUCUACCAAGGAGAAUCCAAUGCGUAAAUUGCCAGAAUGGGGUAGAAAUCCGAACUCCCCUCAACUGAGAGAUACAAAAAGAUCUUCGAGUACAACUAUCGACCUCACACUCGAUGACUCCUCGGACGAAGAGAACCAGACACCCACUGUCAGUGCUCGCAAUCACAACUUUACCCCAGUCUCGUCACGAAGCUCACAACUGGAUACCAUGUGA